GUUCCCCAAGAUGGCGGCGCCCAGGCGCGGCGUGGCUCAGGGUAGGAUGAAGCGGCCGGGCGGCCGUGCUCGCCGCGGCGACGGGAAGCUGGACAGGCUGCGGCUGGCGGUGCGAGAGUUCGUGCAGGCGGCCGGGGACCAGCCGCCGCCGCCGCCGCCGCCGCAGCACCCGCUGAAAGGCUCGGAGAGGCCGAGCCGAAAGAGCCGGCGGGACGCGAGGAAGGAGAAGCGCAGGCUGAAGCGGAGCCGCCGCCGCCUCCUCCGACGCGGAGAGACGGGGGACGUCCCCGCCGCGGUGGUCCGGCCGGCUCCCGCUGCCCGCCCCACGGCUCCGGCCGCGCCCGCCCCCGCUGAGAAAAAGCAGCCGGAACCGCCGCGGCAGAAGAAGACACCGCCCCAGAAAGCGUCGCGGCCACCGGUAGCGGCCCCGCGGCCGUCUGCCGCCGCUUCGUCGAGGAAGCGGGCGCUGCUGGAGGCCAACGAGGAGGAGGAAAGGGAGAUCCGGCGCCUGGAGCGGCAGCUGAGGCUCGGCAAGCGCCGCAGGAAGAAAGGAGAGGCCGCGGCCGAGGAGCUGCCGCAGAGCUUCCUGCGGGACGGGCUGGGCUACGUGCUGGGCGCCCUGGGCUCCGGCGCCAGCCUCGCAGGGCUCUGCCACAGCAGCGACGAGGAGGAGGGCCCGGAGCCGGGGGGGCGCGGGAAGGACCCUGAGAAGGCUGAGGAGGACUCCGAGGAGCUGAUAGAGGCCUCUGACGGCUUCGAGGGGUCAGAUGGGGAAGGGCAGUGGGACAGCGAGAGCUCAGCCCCCGAGGACAGCGGGGUGCCUGAGGGAAGCGAGGCCUCGGACCUGGAGGAGGAAGAGCAGGAGGAGGAUCAUAAUCACGGUGCUACAAAGUACAUUCCCCCUCAAGUGAGAAAAGCUCAGGAGGCACUCGAUGACAAGAAGAGAGAAGAAUUGGGAAGACUGAAGAAAAUGGUGAAUGGUCUCAUUAAUAGGUUGAGCGAGCCAAAUUUGUCCUCCAUUACUGGACAGCUGGAAGAGCUCUACAUGGCCAACAGCAGAAAGGACAUGAAUGAAACUCUAACAAGUAUCCUUAUGAAUGCUUGUGUUACUGCAGUUGCCAUGCCUGCAAGACUGAUGAUGGAACACGUCCUUUUGGUCAGCGUUCUUCAUCAUACAGUAGGAACUGAGGUCGGUGCUCACUUUUUGGAAGCCGUGGUGAAGAAAUUUGAUGAACUCAGUCGCAGUGAUGCUGAGGGGAAAGAAUGUGAAAACCUGCUUGCCUUGAUUGCCCAUCUUUAUAACUUCCACGUAGUUCAUUGCCUGCUGAUCUUUGAUAUUCUGAAGAAACUUGUUAGCAGUUUCACUGAAAAAGAUAUUGAACUCAUUUUGUUUCUCCUGAAAAACGUGGGCUUUUCCUUGAGAAAAGAUGACGCGUUGGCUUUGAAGGACCUGAUCAGUGAAGCCCAGAGCAAAGCAAACACAGCAGAGAAGGAACUUAAGGAUCAGACUAGGGUUCGUUUUAUGCUAGAGACCAUGUUGGCACUGAGGAACAAUGACAUGCGUAAGAUUCCUGGUUAUGAUCCUCAACCAGUUGAAAAACUCCGCAAAUUGCAAAGAACACUGGUUCACAGCAGUAGUUCUGGAAAAGAAACACAGCUCCGUGUCUCCCUGGAAUCCCUCCUCAAUGCAGAUCGGGUUGGUCGCUGGUGGAUCAUAGGCUCGUCCUGGAGUGGAGCACCAAUGAUCAAUAACACAGACAGCAAGACUCAGCAAAAAUUGCAUAUUGGAAAGGUGAGUUCCAAGAUAAUGGAUCUUGCUCGUAAGCAGAGGAUGAACACUGAUAUCAGGAGAAGUAUUUUCUGUGUACUGAUGACAAGUGAAGACUUCAUGGAUGCCUUUGAAAAGCUACUUAAGCUUGGGUUGAAAGAUCAGCAGGAGAGAGAAAUUGUUCACGUUAUCCUUUAUUGCUGCUUACAGGAGAAGACAUAUAACCCCUUCUAUGCAUUUUUGGCUAGCAAAAUUUGUGGAUAUGAAAGACGAUUUCAGGUGACAUUUCAGUUUAGUAUUUGGGACAAAAUCAGAGACUUGGGAAACCUGUCAGCCAGUGCCAUCUCCAACCUGGUAUCGCUGUUGGUUCACUUAGUAAGGACAAAGUCGUUGCCACUUUCAGUUCUCAAGGUAAUUGAAUUUGGUGAUCUAGAUAAACCCAAAGUCCGUUUCUUGCGACAAGUGCUAACCAUGCUGUUAGUCAAAACAGAUCAUGACGACAUCAAUGAUAUUUUUGGGAGGCUAUCUGACAAUCCCAAACUGGGAAUGCUACGGGAAGGCUUGAAACUGUUCCUUACCCACUUCUUACUGAAAAAUGCACAAGUCCAAAACAGUGAUGAAGAAACUGGCUUGUUAAAAGAAAGAGCUGAACUUGCAAGCAGAGCUUUGCAAGCAAAAGAAUCCAAAUUCAAACUGUAGUUCUGUUUAUCAAGUAAAACGUGCAGAAAAACUAGGUUUGCAUGUAGCUGCAAAGCUUGUUUAGUCCUUCAGACCUUAACUGUUGGGAAUGAGGAGGGCCUUGUAUCCGUUUUUGUGAUGGAAACUGUGCUCAGCACACUCGUUACUGGAUUAACUAAAGGGGAUAUAAGGUGUUUCUGAAGGAAGGGAAAAUGUGGUGGGUUUUUUGUCAUGUCCCUUUAAGUAUGGGCACUUUGUGUGGACAAGUGUCUGGAGAAGAGGUUGGAUUCUAUUGUGUCAUAUUCCUGGUCAGCAGUAGCGUUCAGCAGUGCAUAUUUCAGGAGGCUGACCACUGUAUGUUAAAGAAGCAGCCUUAACCAAAGGCUUUUAUUAACUAGCAGUGCAUUUCCCCGAAGGAGUGAGCCACUAGAUGGCACAAGUACUGAUGAGUCAGCUUGGGAUGGAAGUAACUUUUUUCUUAAAGUGUUGAAUUGAGCAUCUAAUUCUAUGAAUUGUUGUAGUAAAAAAGACCUGAGGAUCUGACUUCGCCCAGUUAUGUUGGGUGUAGAGAUUAUAGCAGAGUUUUAUGCUCCUUUAACCUGUUGUACUCGGCUUUAAAAUUGGAGUUACCAGUCUUAUUAUUUGCACUAAUCAGAUUUUCUAGGCAUAGAAAUGAAUAGGCAUGAAGGCAUGAAUAACAGCAGUCUUUUAGUAAUAGAAUAUCUUCUUAUAGGGUUUGCUUCCACUUCCCAUUCAAAUGCCUUAAAAAUUUGUAUAUGUUUCUUGGUGUAACACUCAGAUUAUUUUGUCAGCCCACAGCUACACAUGAAACUGAUUUUCUGAA